UCUAUGAUUUCUAAUUUCUUUACACAAGGGCAUGUUGAUGUAUACUGUAUAGUACUAUACUAUACUAUAUUUUGUCAUGAUACUAUAGUAGUAUAGUGUAUAGUAGAUUAUAGAUAUUAUAAUCAUAAUUUUCAUAUAAACUGUGUUCAUACCACGAUUAAAGAUUUAUAUUUUAAUUCGUAAUGAUAUAGCACAGAAUAUAUUUAAUCUUAGUUCAUGGUCUUAAUACAUAUCAUGACAAAAUAUAUAACAAUUAACAAACAGGCAACAGCAUACUUCGCGGUAAGAAGUCAAUCUGGUGAUAGCGAUUAGCGACCAGUUUUCGUCAGACGAAUGUCGUGAUCACUGGUCAUUGGCCAGGCAACACCCGGUUUGACCGUUUCACGUAACACGUUUAGCUCCCACAGGCCACAAUCAACAGUCAACCAUUUGUAUGCAUGCUGUUUGCCACACUCUUACGUACGACUGUACGAGUUAGCCUGUUAGCCACCGAAUAUUGUCUUAUCUUGAACGGAGUAAAAAUGUAUAGAAAUAUAGAAUAAAGAUGUACUAUUAAGUUAUCUAAAUUAUCUUCGUUUUCGUUAGCUCUUACUAGUAUCUAAUCCUGUAUUGAUUGAGAUUAAUAUAUAUUGUAAUAAGAACAUAUUGGACGAACUCGACUUUAUUUAGUUAUUUUUUUCUAAUAUUUCAUUUGGAGAAAACAGUUCAGUAAUCUAAAUUUUGUACAAUGGGUUCAUUAAGGUCCUUUGUUUACAUUUCUUCUGGAGGAUGUAUUUUGUGGGCAGGAACAAAUUUUAUCACACAGAAUGAAAAAUUUUAUAAGAAAUGUAUCAUUCCUGCAUUCUUUUCUUGUGAUCCAGAAAAUGCUCAUAACCUUUUAAUAUUUUCUGGAAAAUAUGGUCUUAUACCAAAAUCAUAUUAUAAAGAUCCACCAAUAUUGAAAACCAAGUUGUGGGAUUUGAAUUUCACCAACCCAGUAGGUCUUGCAGCUGGGUUGGAUAAACAAGGUGAAAUAACAAAAGCAUUAAAAAAUGUAGGUUUUGGUUUUGUAGAGGUUGGUUCAAUAACACCUCUACCUCAACCAGGCAAUGAAAAACCAAGAGUGUUUAGACUUUUAGAUAGUCAAGCUAUUAUUAAUAGGUAUGGUUUCAAUAGCGAUGGUCAUAAUAUUGUAUUUGAAAGACUUAAGAAACUUAAGCAAGACCAAAAUUUUGAUGGUAUAGUUGGUGUUAAUUUAGGAAAAAAUAAAGAGUCUGAAAAUGCAGCUGAUGACUAUGUGAAAGGUAUUGAAAAGUUCACUCCAGUUGCAGAUUAUUUUGUUAUAAAUAUAUCCAGCCCCAAUACUCCAGGUUUAAGAAAUUUGCAAAAGAAAAAUGAUCUAAUAAGUCUGCUUUCAAAAGUUAUAGAAGCAAGGAAUCAAUUUAGUGUAGAACGCAAAAUUCCAAUAUUAUUAAAAAUUGCUCCCGAUCUUACUGAUCAAGAUAAAAAAGAUAUUGCUGAUGUAAUAACUAAUAAUAAAAAGUGCAAAGUUGAUGGAUUAAUAAUUUCAAAUACAACUGUUAAACGAAUUGGUGUUUAUGACAAUCCUAAUGCAUUAGAACCUGGUGGUCUCAGUGGGAAACCUUUACAAGAAGCAUCUACAAAAUUAAUUUUAGAAUUUUAUAAAUUGACAAAUGGUAAAAUUCCAAUUAUUGGAGUUGGUGGAAUUUUUAAUGGUCAAGAUGCAUAUGCCAAAAUUAAAGCAGGAGCUUCACUUAUACAAAUUUAUACAUCUUUUAUAUACAAUGGUCCACCAGUCAUAGUUAAUAUAAAAAAGGAACUAGAUUAUCUUCUGAGGAAAGAUAACUACAACUCAAUAUCUGAUGCAGUUGGUGCAGAUGCCAGAGUGUAAAUUUACAAUAACUCAAAUAACUGUUUAUUUUAUUCCAAAAUUUGGAAAUUUAAAAUGUAUUUUUUUUUAUUCACAUACAUGUUUUAUUAUUUUUAUAUAUUAAAAUAAUUUAAUACUAUACUCCAGCCACUGGAGAGCGUUUCUGGUUGGCGAUCAAAAUUUAUCUGUUUUCGCACAUUCUUACCUCUAAACCCUCCUAAAUACUGGCCACUGUAGUGGUAGAGUGGAAGAAAUUUGGUACAAAACCGAGGAGUUCAAUCAUUUGUAUGUGCGAAGGAGUAGCGCUCUCUCAGGGGCUAGAGUAUAAGAUUGAUUAUAAUCAAAAGUGAUUGUGACCAUCAAUUAAAUUUUUUUUUUUCAUUGAUACAGUCAGUACUUGAUUUUUGCCCAAUUAGUUCAUUUUUAUUUCAAAUUUGUGUUAUUUAAAUUAUUUGAUUUUUUUUUUAAAUUGUUUUCAAUCAUUAAAGAGAAACCUUUUUUAAAGAGGUACUUAUCAGAAAACUAUAUUGCAACUAUGAGUUUUACCAUAAAAUAAAUAAUAUGUUGUACUUA